CGGCUUUCCAGGUCGGAGGCUCGGGCCCGAGCAGAUGACGACAGACACAGCAGUGAGGACGACGAGGAUCGUCGUGCAGGAAGGCAAGAAGCUGGACGAGAUUGACUACGUCGACCGACCAGAAAUCCAUGUGCCUUCACAGCCAAAUCGCGAUGGCAAGGGACCUACAGAGAGUAUUAGCAUGCCUUUCAAGUACGUGAAAGGACCUGACGGCAAGCCCAUCAUGCCCACAGGAAUGCACGAGCUGCUUGCGAGUGACGCCGACAAGGACAUCAUGGAUCUGCUUUGAUCUAUGACAAUGUCUACUCCACCCCAUACUCCGAACCACAACAUCAAUUUUGCAACGCCCGACAUGGGCACUGCCAGGAGCAAUCCCUUGUAUGAAUGGCGAGUAGCAAACGUAGUUGAGGGUCAAAGUAGGCAUUGAGUCUCAGGCUACACCGUAAGUUCUCUCGCAUGUUCCAUCAUAUAACACAUGCUUGCCUAGUACAGUGUUCCUCUCCGAGUCGCGUCCAUCACCUGCCUCCUUACUGUCUGUUGCCCUCACUAAACUUUCACAAGAUCCCGCGGGCACAUGAAAGCUUGCCACAAUUUCGACUCACUUACCAAGUCUCACAUGCUCGAUCAUGUGCUCCGGCACUCACUUGGCGCGCAUUUCCCUCACAUCCUGGUCCAGCUUCUUUUAACAAUAUUCAUUUGAGCUUGAUUCUACUUUCUUCGACCUCAAAGUUGAUCAAGCCUCGGACUAUCAUCCAACGACCUGACAUCACU